AGUAGCGAGGGAGGUGUCCCAGGCGGGGCUAUAAAUGCCGUGGCCUGACGCCCGCUCGCCUCCGCCCUGCCCAUUCUCCUCUGUUUCCUUUGAGCUGUUGGCUUGCUGGCAUCCCCCAUGGCGUGUCCCCUGGAGCAGGCGCUGGCCGUGAUAGUCGCCACCUUCCACAAGUACUCGGGGAAGGAGGGGGACAAGUACAAGCUCAGCAAGACGGAGCUCAAGGAGAUGCUCAUGAAGGAGCUGCCCAGCUUCAGCAAACAAACCAGUGAGGCCAGUAUACAGCAGCUCAUGCGCAACCUGGACAGCAACAGCGACAGCGAGGUGGAUUUCCAAGAGUACGUGACCUUCCUGGCCUGCAUGGCCAUGAUGUGCAACGACUUCUUCCAGGACUACCCCGACAAGAUGCCGCACAAGAAGUGAGCUGGGGGGGGAUGGCCACGGGCCCCCGGGCUUCCUCACUUCCCCCCAUGACCCUCCCUUUGUCUUCCCGAUGCUUUUUACAAUAAAAGUUGCCUUAAAACCAA